AGUUAGCACGCCGACGGCCGAUGACGAGGUACACGAAGACAUUGCCCGUAUCGGACCUAGCAAAAUGCCCGGAUGAUGCAACUCAUGCACCUGAACCCUUUGAUGUCUACAGAGCCAGCUUCUGCAGAACUAAGGCGUACACCAAUAGCGUUUGUGUACGUCCAGAUUCAGGGCAUCAAUAUAGACCUAUAUUGUAA